AAUUCAAUUGAAUACAGAAUAGAAAACAAGAUCUAAAAUGACGUAAUAGCGUGCUGCUUAAUCGACAAUUCAGAGCGACACCGAUAACGUGUAUUGUUACCUGAUAAUGUCAGUCGAUAGAGCGUCGCUACGACCAAUACCAGCCAUUCUCCUUGCACCUGAAAGUCAUCAUGAUUCGAGAACUAACUCCAGAGUUAGCACACAUAGCCAAGACUGAGUUAAACGAGGACCCCAAGCAAACACCUGAAGAUGUACAGCAUUUAAAGGAUUGGAUCGCGAAGCAAACACACCUGAAAGCUAGAACAGAUGAUCAAUGGCUGGUGGCGAUGCUCCGUGGCUGCAAGUUCAGUCUGGAACGGGUCAAGGCAAAGCUGGACUUGUACUACACGCUGAGGACUACUUCGCCCGAAGUCACGCUUCGAUUAAAGCCGACACAACCGACAUUUAUUAAUUUCUUAAAAUUAGGAACAUGUAUCAUUUUACCAAAAGCGACAUCGGGCUUGCAUCCGCGUGUUAUUCUCAUCAGAGCGGGCAGAUACGACCCGGAGAAGAACAGUGUUGCAGACAUCAUGUGCAUCUUAUAUUAUAUGGUCCAAAUAUUGGUAAUGGAAGACGACUCUGCUUCAGUGAUAGGAACAAAAAUAGUCGUGGAUUAUGAGGGCACGACUCUUAAUCACUUAGUGCAAGCCAAUGUUACUUUACUCCGGAAGAUUGUAGCUGUUAGUCAGGACUCACUACCUCUCAGACUGAAGGGCAGUCACCAUUUGAACGUACCUUCAGGUAUAGAAACUAUCUUCAAGCUAGUGUCCGCAUUUAUUAGCGAAAAGGCAAAACAAAGACUCAAAAUACACAAGAGUACAGAUGAGUUAUUCGAACAUAUUCCAAAAGAUGUAAUGCCUCCUGAAUACGGAGGAACCGGCGCGACGGUUGCCCAAAAUAUUGAAUACUGGAUUGCGAAGAUGAAAGAGUACAAGUCUUGGAUGGAGGUGGAGGAAAAGCUCGGCACAGACGAGUCCAGACGACUCGGUGCUCUUCCGUCUGACGAGACAUCAGACAAGGGAUCCUUCAGACAACUUAAUAUUGAUUAAUAUAUUAAUGAACAAAGAUUUAUUUUUAGCAAUCAUGAAAGUACAACUAUGUAUACAUAAGAUGGCACGUUUUACAUUUAGUUGCAUAAAAAAUUAAAACAAAUUUUUAUCAUGUUUCAAGGAAUUUUAUCGUUGAAUGACACUUUCAUAAUUAUUUCGGACAGUUAUAUAUUUCAUUGCUAUGAAGGACACGUCCGAACUUGAUUUGUAAAAUG